GGUGAUUUAUCACUGAUCUCUGGCUGUUAUAUCCACUCAUCUCCUCCGUUCUCACUCACUUUCGCACUCACUCACUCACUCACUCGCUCACUCGUUGCUUGCUUCUGUAUCUAUGUAUCUAUGUAUGUAGCUUCUUCUGUGUGCAACGUACGUCUUGGCCCUUCUUGCUCCAUCUGUCUCGCUCACUCGUUCAUUCCUCAAUCCAUCGGUCGAUCUAUCAAUAUCUAUCUCUAUAUCUAAAUCGAGUCCAUCAUCCCUUGUUCAGUGCUGGUGUGCUUGUGUGUCCGAUUCGCAAUUCCAAGACGACCCUCAAAACAAGCCAACCAGGAAAAUCCGGACUCUCGAACUGGCUGGCUUCCAAGUUGAAGAUACAGUCCUCGUUGAUCCUUGAAAGCCCGACUUUAGCCCAGCCUUUGACCUUGUAGACCCGCUGGACCAUGGCCGUGGAUCACUGAAGGACGGAGAUCCAUCUGUGUGCUACCCCGUGGAAGAAAACAAAAGUCCCACCACCCGGUUGACCGCCCUCCAGUCCCAAAAUGACCGGGUGUGGGCGCGUCUGGGUCGGGUUGUUCCUGAGUCUGACCUGGCUUGAGUUGACGCACGCCUUCUUUGCCAACUUCUCGCCCGUGAUCCCGAUGCGGGCGCCUGAGGUGGUCAAUUGCCAUGCCAUUCCGUCUAAUAUGACGCUGUGUCAAGCGAUUGGCUACCCCAAGAUGAAAUUACCUAACCUUUUAGGGCACGAAACCAUGACCGAGGCCAUUGAUCAGUCCAACUCCUGGCUGGCCUUGGAUAACAUCAAUUGCCACGCCUCCAGUCGCCUGUUCUUGUGCUCUUUGUUCGCGCCCGUUUGUCUAGAAACGCCCAUUUCCAUUUACCCUUGCCGUUCAUUAUGUGAGAGUGUGCGGCAGGGUUGCGAAAAAGUCAUGCAGCAGCACGGAUUCCCUUGGCCGACCAUUUUGGCGUGUGACAAGUUCCCCGAGGACAAUGACAUGUGCAUAACCGAUCACACCCAAAGCCGAUCUGCCUCCCAGCCCGUAGCGCCGACUUCGGUCUCAUCCCACUCGGGUUCUCGCCCUCGACAACCUUCUCGGAAUGACAAUGAGGUGUGUGAAUCUCAGGUGUGUGCCCCCCUUGGCCGUCGCAAUGUGAAUGUUCUGGAUCUCUAUUGCCAAUCGGACUUUGUCAUCAAGAUGAAGACCAAGCGCAUGAAACGGAAUCUCGUCCUGGGCAAACGUGUAAAACACGUGUACAAAACCUGGCGUGGCACGCCCGAAGAGAUGAAGCUUUUGCGGAAACCCGUGUUGAAACUGCCUUCGUCGGACGAUUGUUGCCAAAAGAAAAUUGAUAAGAACAAGAUCUAUUUAGUCAUGGGAAACUAUCGUAAUAAUUCCCUCGUUGUCAGCUACAUUCACCGAUGGUCCAAGAGCAAGACAUUUCGUAAACUUCGUAGGAAAUUCAAGCGGAUGUCUUGCAACUAGAUGAACACUAUCCAUCACCAGCCAAUGAUUCAGACAGAAAGAGAGCAUUUGACUCAAACAGACUUCUCCUACGAAGUGCCAUAUAUACAGCAAUGCAUGAACGUUCUCCUAGAAUACUCUGUAUUUUAUACAUAUCUAUUUUUAGUCAUGACUUAUGUAGAAAUAAUAAAUUUGUUACUCAGCA